UGCAUUUGAGUGUGUGUGGGUGUGUGAAUGCAUCAGGCAGAGAGACGUGGGGAGUUCUGAGACUAUAGGCAGAGUUGCGCCUCGAUCUGCGGGCCUACACGUCAUUUCCUCAGCAAUCAGCAAGGCCUGCAGCUGCCAUCCGGCAGAGACAUUCACGAGAUAUGCACACAGGGAUGUCUGCACACGCACACGAGUCCCGCUAUUCACACGGAUGGAGGGUCCUAAUUGAGUGAUGCACUCACACGGGUGACAACUGAUCAUCGACCGACCCACAACCAUACAGGACCUCCUCGAGCGCAUCAACCUGGGCCAGCCAAUGCUCCCUGCCUAACGGGCUGCCACCGCCUCUGUACCCGUGGCUGCCGCUGCUGUGUGACGUCUGCCAGCGCCGUCUUGUGUGGUCCUCUGGCCGCUGGUUGGUCUGUGGGUGUGGCCCUGGGCACCCAGAUGCCUGCCCGGAGGGACGCACACGGCAGCCGGCUGCCGGACGGUCCUCAACACGCUCAAGGCGGGAGGGGGAGGGGAGGGGGGCGUCAGGACGGGCCGGCUGAGCAGGGGAGAUGUACUCACUCGGUGUCUGACGAGUGCACGCGGCCGUCUCGUCGGUGUCGCCGCUGUCAUGUUGGCGGUGGUGCUGGUGAUGGUCCUCCGGUCCUGGCUGCGUGUCGCCGGAUGGUGUCGCCGGGUGCUCUUGCUGCUGCUGCUGCUGCUGCUGCUGUGGCUCGGGCAAUGACGCCUCGUCGGUGGCGGUGGUGUUGGUGAGCCACGGGUGCGCCAAGGCAGCCGACGCUGCAAAGAACACGGUGUAUAUCACCCAGUCAACCACAGACAGACAGACAGACAGACGAGAGAUACACACAUGAGCGAAUCGAUCGAUUGGUCGAUGGAUUGAUGGAUGGAUGGACAGAUGCUCACUCUCUCACUAACUCGCUGGCUGCCUGCCUGACUGCCUGGCUGCCUGACUGACUGACUGACCGGAUGCGGUGCGUUUGUGUUUGUCGAACGUCAGGAGGCCGCGGAUGAGGUCCUUGGCGGCCUCGGGCACAUUAUCAUAACCCUUGAACCGAACCCCCUGAACGAACGAACGGACAAACGAGUGAGCCCACACACAACAGACAAACAAGGAGUGAUGGACGGAUUGCUUGAUGCUUUGACUCCCACCCACCCACAUGCUCACCCGUCUCAUUGCGUUGAGGGCAUUGCGGACAUUGUGAGGCCGCCGAUCAACACAGAAGAAGGGCAGCCGCCCCGUCAGCAACGCAUACCUGACAUACACACACACAGGGGCUAUCAACGCAGGCAAUGCAGCGGAACGGAAGGGAAUGUGUAUGUGCGUGCGUGUGUGUGUGUUGGGGGUGUUGUGUUGUUUAAGUUACUUACAGGCAGACGCCCAUGGCCCAGAGGUCGCUGGCCGGUCCGUAGUCACACGACUCCAGCACCUCGGGCGCCUGAAUGAAUGAAGCAGACGCAAAGAGCCGACAAACAAAUGAACCAACAAGCGAAUCAGCCAACCAACAAAUGUAGCCAUCCAUCCGUCCAUCCACUGCCUGCCUGGCUGGCUGCCUUGUCUGUCUGUCUGUUCCCUCCUGCUUGCUUGCUUACUGUGUAGUUGAGGGCUCCCCAGAUGUCUGUGUGUCGGCCGGUGCCCGGCAGGAGGGCCGUGUCGAAGUCGACAAGGAUGACCCGCUUGCGCUCCGUCAUGAUGUUACGGAGCGACACAUCACAGUGAGUGAUCUGCAAUGCAACCAACGGGCGGGCGGCCAAUCAGGCAACCAUGCAAGGCAAUCAGACAGACAGACAGACAGACAGACAGGCAGGCAGGUCGCCAUCCAUCCAUCCAUCCGUCAGUCCGACAAUGGUAGGUUGGCUCGUGCGUGUGUGCGUGUGUGCGUAUACACAUAUGUACGUUGUGUGAGUGGAGUUUCUGCAGGCCCUUGAGCGCGCCUUGGGCGAUGUGGCGUGCGAGGUCGUGGUUGACGGGGAGGUCGCCGAGGCCCGUCUCGCAGUGCCCCCCGCCGAUGAACUCCAUGAAGAUGUAGAAGAACUCCUUGUCCAUGCGGAUCGACCUGGUCCGACACAGAGUGCCGCGCAGGAUACCCAGGUCUAUCAGCCGCUGGUACUUGGACACAAACUCACACUCGCUGCACAUGGACGUCUCCAACCUGGACACACAAUACACAAUAAAUACGUACACCAGAGACGGACUACGUACAGGGCAGGCCGCACCGCACCGCAUUGCAUCCAUCGCAUGCACACCUGCCUGCCUGCCUGCCUGCCUGCCUUGUGUGGUGCGGCGGUGCCAUGCCAACCAAAAUACAUACACACUGGAUGGAUGUGGGCAGUGAGUGAGUGAGUGGGUUGACCUACCUGAAGAGGCUCCUGGGGAUGGCCUUGACCGCAUACGAGGGGUCCUCAAUCAGCGAAAGGGACAAAUGGUAUACCCAACCGUUGCUGCACACACAGUGCCACACACACACAGAGAGAGAGAGAUGGCUGGGUGAGUGGGGUGGCGUGGAGUGGGUGGCGUGCAGACCGAAUACGGAUGCCCAUAUGCAUAUGUCUGUCUGUCUGUCUGUCUGUGUCUCUGUGAAUGUAUGUACCUGCCGCGUCCGGCCUCGCCGAGGACCCUGAACCGCUCAGCCGCCAGCACAUGGCCAAACGAAUCAAACUCCUGCACUCACCGACACACACACACACGCACGCACGCACACACACACAUGCAUGCAGCCCUCUCGGGUGCUGCAGCCACUGAGGGCGGGGCGCCAAGCCUCCUCUCGACUGCCUGCCUGCCUGCCUGCCUGCCUGUGUGUGUGCCUGUGCGUCUGCGUGUGCGUACUUCGAGUGUGAUGGCAUUGCUGAUGUCCUCGGGGGCCUCGGAUGCCUUGCACUCACUGCGAAUUGCACGGCCGCUCAAACUACUGGCGUCCUCCGGGGCGUUGGGCGGGGCAACAGAGCCGGGUAAUAUGACCGGCAUUGCUGGCGAGUGCACUACGGCCGGACGUGAUUACAUGCGGACGGAGGAAGGUUUGGG